AUGUCACAGUCUGCUGAGCAUCGGCUAUCCCAGGACGAUGUUGAGAAGCAGGAACGCUUAGAACAUACCGAUGAUGUUUCCAGUGAAGAUAUAGAAAAGGUGCUUCCUCAAUCUCGAGGAGUGGCCCAUAUUGAAGCCAUACGGGAUACCAUGCUCAAUGUCAGCAGCGGAAAAAAAGUGAAAGUUUUAUUGUGUGCUUCAAUCUUGGUCUGUGCCUGGGUUCUGGUGCUUGAUUCGUCCACUACUUCUUCCUAUGAACCAUUUGCUACUUCGUCCUUUGGCAAGCAUUCUAUGAUUGGUACGGUCACAAUAGCAAAAACAAUCAUUGCUUCAGUUUGUCGUCCUAUAAUUGCAAAAAUUGCAGAUCUCACUUCUCGUCCACACACCUACAUUUUGGUGGUGACUUUGUAUACCGUUGGAUAUGUUAUAAGUUCUGCUGCUCAAGACAUUACUGCAUUUUCAGCUGGCCAAGUUUUGGCUGGUAUCGGUUUCGCAGGAAUUGACCUUAUAAAUACUCUUAUUGUUGCUGAUUUGACGCCUUUAAAAUGGAGAGGUUUAUUGAUUUCCUUCUUGGCCACACCCUAUCUUAUUAACGUCUGGUUCGCUGGUCUUAUAUCUGAUGCAAUUGUGAAGAGAAAUUGGCGGUGGGGUUACGGGAUGUUCGCUAUAAUGAUUCCAGUGGUUAUUUUUCCUGCCAUUGGCGUUCUCUUGUGGCUUGACCGUCGUGCUCAGAAGCACAAGAAGCUCGCUUUGACGACCAGUAAACUCAAGCAAGAAAUUGUUCCAAUAGCCAAGAAAAAGUGGGUGAACAUUGUCUGGAGUGCAAUAGUUGAAAUAGACCUUUUGGGCUUGUUACUCCUUGGCUUCGGCUUUUCUCUUUUAUUGUUACCUUUUUCACUUGCUUCUGGUGCCUCCAAAGGCUGGAAAAACCCCAGUUUAAUUGCCAUGAUGAUAGUUGGAGGGCUCCUUUUGAUAGCAUAUGGAGUUUAUGAGGUGUACUAUGCUCCCAUCCCAUCAAUGCCCCGAAGGGUGUUGUUCAACAGAACAUUUCUUAUGUCUGUUUGCAUCGAUGUGGUAUACUUGCUCGCUGGAAAUAUUGGAGACCUCUAUUUGUCGUCGUACGUUUAUGUCGUUACAAACUUAUCGACAAGAGACUGGACAUACUUCAACAACACAUUGACUAUGGGGUUGUGUGGUUUUGGAGUGGUGGCAGGAGUCAUAAUGAGAAUCACUCACAGGUACAAGUACAUGCAAGUUACCGGGCUUGCGAUCAAAAUUAUUGGGUACGGACUAAUUAUUCGUCCAAAGGGAACAGUGCCAAACCUUGCUUCCUUGGUCAUGAACAGACUCCUUAUAGGAUGUGGUGGUGCCUUGAGUGUGGUAGCAAGUCAAAUUGCAGCCCAGGCUUCGGUGGCUCACCAGGACCUUUCGCUCGCCAUGUCCCUUUUGUCUUUAUGGUCAAACAUGGGAGGAGCCGUGGGUGCUGCAAUUGCCACAGCUGUAUGGCAAAGAGAUUUGCCUGGUUACCUCAAUGAUUUCUUACCGGCAGAUUCGACAGAUUUGGCUCCUACUUUGUUUGGGUCUUUUGCAGCCAUUAAGGCAUACCCUGAACUGUCGCCUAUUCGGCAAGCGGGAAUCAAAUCCUACUCUUAUGCUACACAUGAUUUCUUUAUCAUUGCUCUCAGUUUGAGUUUCAUACCUUUAAUCUGUGCUUGCUUCCAAACAAACUUCUUCUUGGGGAACACCUUGAAUGCAGUUGACGUCGAAUCAGAAAUGGCAGAAAAGGAGCUUGCUGAAGCUGACGAGCCAAAAACGAGACUUGACAAGUUGGCAGCAUUCUUUAAUAAGAAAAUGGUUUGA